CCCAUUGGUCGCAGGGAACGUGCGCGCGCAGCGGCCGGGGAACGGAGGAGGUGGGCCGAGCGAGUGAGAGAGGGAGCGAGCGGGCUCGUGCGCAUGCGCAAAGCCGAAGCCCCGCCUCCCACCAAGGGACUCAUUGUGCAGCAACCGGAUUGACUCCUUCUCGUCCGCGCGGGCCGCCAGCGGGAUCCUGUGUACUUCCUUCCCUUUUCCUUAAAGCACCUCAGCAAAGCGAGCGCGCUCCCGAUACGCGAAAAAAAGAGGGGUCCUGCGACGGAAACAAAAGGGGUUUGGAACCAUUUUGCGUCGGGGGGAAAAAAGGGGGGUUGGCUUUUCUCCCUCAACGCCAACAUCACCACUCUCCUCUCCCCCCCGCCCCUCUCUCAAUCUUUGGCUUCCUCCUUUGCGCGUGCGCACACUGCCGUCUCCCUUUUUCCUCCUCCUCCCACCUGCGCGGGCUUGAGUCUGUCCUCGCGGCCUCCCAGCGGCGCCUCUUGAUUGGCUGAAGCGCGCGCGCUCUAGAGAAAGAGCGAGUCUUAGAACUUCUCCCCCCAACACCCCCCUCCCGCUUUGAGGCGCAAGCUCGCGACCAGAAAAAAAGGGAGGGGGCGAAAAAGGGCAGGGCCAGGCGGCCAAUUAGAGGACGCGUCGCGGAAACCCGUUCCUUGGCCUCGAGGCCUACGUUGAGGAGCGAAGAAACGAGCGCGCUCCCGACGCUCUGAGAAGGCAGGCGGGCGGGCAGUCGCGCGCGCGGCCUAGGCUCCUCCUCAAGCCUCCGCUCUCUUCUUUAAGAGCCCUCCUCGGUUUUUGACCACCCUCUCGGUCUAGAGAGAGGAACCCCUUCGCCGGCCGGCUUCCUUUCCUUGCUUGCCUCUGCCGCUUCCCCUUCCGGGCCAGAAAGGCCUCUGAGGGAAAACUAGGCCUCUUAUUCUAUUAUUCUUCGUUCCCAACGGCCUCCGUUGCGCCUGUGCUCAGGCAGGCAAGGCGGACGGGCGGGCCCGGGAAGCUCCGCCAUGUUGAAGCAGCCGCUGCCGCCGCCCUCCCCGCAACCCGCCCCUCCCGCCUCGGGCCCGGCGCCCGCCACCGCGCCCACGCCGCCCCUCGCCGCCGCCUCGGCUGUCACGGCCGUCUCACGCAAAGCCAACCCGCCGCCCGCCAGCCCCAACGGCAGCCUCAGCCCCGGGGCCGCGGGGGGAGCCCGGGUCGCGACCGUGGCGCCCCCCGGGAGCGGAGCAGGAGGAGGAGGGGGCACUCCGGGAGGAAGCGGGACCAGGGGCCAGAGCACAGGCAAAGGACCUCCACAGUCUCCUGUUUUUGAAGGUGUUUAUAACAAUUCACGUAUGCUGCACUUCCUCACAGCAGUUGUGGGAUCUACAUGCGAUGUGAAAGUGAAAAAUGGAAGCACCUUUGAGGGGAUUUUUAAAACCCUUAGCUCCAAGUUUGAACUAGCUGUGGAUGCUGUGCACAAGAAGGUGCCGGACCAACCAGUAGGACCCAGGAGGGAGGAUAUUGUGGACACUAUGGUGUUCAAGCCUGCUGAUGUCAUGCUGGUUCACUUCCGCAAUGUUGAUUUUAAUUACGCCACCAAAGAUAAAUUCACAGAUUCUGCUAUUGCUAUGAAUUCCAAGGUGAAUGGAGAGCACAAAGAGAAGGUGCUACAACGCUGGGAAGGGGGAGACAGCAACAGUGAUGAUUAUGACUUGGAAUCUGAUAUGUCAAAUGGCUGGGACCCCAAUGAGAUGUUCAAGUUCAAUGAAGAAACGUAUGGUGUGAAGACCACCUAUGAUAGCAGCCUUUCUUCUUAUACAGUCCCUCUUGAGAAAGACAAUUCUGAAGAAUUCCGGCAGCGAGAGGCCAGAGCUGCGCAGUUGGCGCGGGAGAUUGAAUCAAGCCCACAGUAUCGAUUACGUAUUGCAAUGGAAAAUGAUGAUGGGCGCACAGAAGAGGAGAAGCACAGUUCUGUUCAGAGACAGGUGUCAGGAAGAGAUAGCCCUAGUCUGGCAUCCAGAGAGGGCAAGUACAUACCACUUCCCCAACGUGUCAGAGAAGGCUCACGAGGCGGAGUACGUUGCAGCAGCUCUCGGGGCGGGAGGCCAAGCAUGAGCUCCUUACCUCCCCGUGGAAGCACACAUCAUUCAGAAAGCAACACCGGCUCCAUUCCAGAACAACGAGGGAUAAAUGGAGGUCCAUCCAGAAUGUCUCCAAAAUCACAACGACCUAUUCGGGGGGCCAAGAGUAUGUCUUCUCCCUCCAGUCGCCCCAUGGAAGUUUCAGCUGCUUCUCCAACAGUGGGCCGCGUCUACACUCCACGUUCUCCAAAAUCUGCCUCAGCUGUGCCAGUCUGCUCUCAGGAUCCCCCAGUGGGAUCGACUGCCACUGCUGCUCCUGUGUCACCCUCUGAAUCAAGGCCUGUAAUGGAACCUAGUGCUUCUCCAACCCCGCCUUCUCCCAAGGUCCCAGCAUCUGCUCCUGUAGCUUCUGUUGAGGUUAAAGAGGUGCCUAGCUCUGUCACCAAAGAACCCAGCAGGACCUUGGAGGUUAUGGGACCCUCAGAUUUAGUCAAACAAGCAAACAAAGGUCUUCAGAAUGAGCAAAAGAGGAAUCAGCUAGAGGAGCUGCGUAAAUUUGGAGCCCAGUUUAAGCUGCAGCCCAGUUCCUCCCCAGAGGCCACACUUGACACUUUUCGGCCCAAGGAGCCUCUUGAAGGGAAGGUGAAGGACAAGCCCCCAGAGGCAUUGGCUGGGGCAGGGGGCACUUGCGAAGUGCCUGAGGAGUCCCCCAAGCCUAGCCUAGAACUGUCUGAUGGCAGCAGCAAGGAAGAGAAAGUGUCCUGUGAAGGCAUGGAACGCCAGACUCAGACAUCUAGCCCUCUGGGUAAAGGGGACACAGAGGACAAGGAAGAUGGCCCUGUCUCAGAGCAGGUGAAAAAGUCAACACUGAAUCCUAAUGCAAAGGAAUUCAAUCCAUCAAAGACUCUCCUGUCUGUGAACAAGUCAACAAGUACGCCCACAUCACCUGGACCACGCACGCACUCUACGCCCUCCAUCCCAGUCAUUACACCUGGGCAAAGCGGCAUGUACAGCACACAAUACAUCUCUUAUAUCCCACAAAUCCAUAUGAGCCCAGCUGUGCAGGCGCCUCAGAUGUACCCUUACCCUGUUUCCAAUUCUGUGCCAGGACAGCAGGGCAAAUAUCGAGGAGCGAAAGGUUCUCUGCCCCCUCAGCGUUCAGACCAGCACCAGCCAACCUCAGCUCCUCCUAUCAUGCAAGCAGCUGCAGCUGCUGGGCCCCCACUUGUGGCUGCCACUCCAUAUUCAUCAUAUAUUUCCUACAAUCCCCAGCAGUUCACAGGACAACCCACUAUGAUGCAGCCUAUGGCACACUAUCCAUCGCAGCCUGUCUUUGCCCCUAUGCUGCAGAGCAACCCACGCAUGAUGGCAUCUGGCAGUCAUCCCCAGGCCAUUGUAUCAUCAUCUACUCCCCAAUAUCCCCCAGCAGAACAACCUACUCCUCAGACUCUUUAUGCCACAGUGCAUCAGUCGUAUCCCCACCAUGCUACACAGCUACAUCCGCAUCAGCCUCAACCAGCUACCACACCCACCGGCAACCAACAGCAAGCGCAACACGCCGCCCCCAGCCCUGUGCAGCAUCAGGCUGGACAAGCUCAUUUGGCCAGUGCCCAGCAGCAGCAGAACCUGUACCACACAGCCACGCUGACGGCUACACCACCAUCCAUAACCCCAGGGCCCAGUGCCCAAUCUCCACAGAGCAGUUUCCCCCAGCAGGCAGUCUAUGCCAUUCAUGCCCACCAACAACUGCAACACGGCUAUACCAACAUGGCCCAUGUCACCCAGGCCCAUGUCCAGACUGGAAUUGCAGCUGCCCCACCUCCACACCCUGGAGCUCCACAAGUCAUGCUGCUGCAUCCCUCGCAGACCCAUGGCGGACCCCCGCAAGGAGGUGUGCCCCAGAGUGGUGUGCCUACCCUCUCAGCUUCCACGCCCUCCCCCUACACUUAUAUAGGGCACCACCAAGUUCAGUCUCAUCCUUCCCAGCAGCUUCCAUUCCACACCCCUGGGAACUGAUGUCCACGCUUCUCCCUGUGACCUGAGACCCCAGCCAGCCUUGGCUCAGUGGCUGGCCCAAAGCCUGGGCCAGCCCUCAUGCCCAUGGUAGAGGCCCCUGGAGGGGUGCAGUCUGGCCUGGCCCGCCCCCCCUCGCCAAGCACCUUCCUUUCCGUUGGUUUAAUGAAGCCCACUUGGGAUGCUGUCAGCCAGCGGGACGGAGCAGGGUCCUCCCCCCUUGCCUGGAGAAGGGCAGAGUUUCUUUUCUGUUAUUUAUGACUCCAUUCGGGCUCUUAGAGCAAAUGCCACUUUCCCACAUUAACUUGACAAGGACAUGACCAGAUGGACAAACCUUGACUUUUUAUUAAAUAAAAUAUUUAAAAAGUUUAAAAAAACCAAUAAAAUUUUAAACUAACUAA